UAAAGUGAUUAAAAAAAUAUAUAAUGGUUAUAAUUCAUCUUGGAUUAUUGAUUAUAAUAUCAUAUUAAAUAAGAUUGAUAAAAUAAGAGAAUUUAUUAUACCAAUCAAAAAAUCAGAAUUAGAAAACUUGGAAAAAUUAAAUAAUAAUUUUGAAGUAUAUGAAUAUGAUGAUACAGAAUAUGUUGAUAUAAGAUAUAUUAAAAAUUAA